UACAACAAUCCUCACGGCAAAAGUGAAUGUCUGACGGUUUUUUAUCUUUUUAUUAGGAUGACAGACAGGACACAUUGUGAUCAUUUGGCACAUGAUACAAAAUGUCUGCUUGGAGACAGAAGAUUAAAUGAACAACUUGUGGAUAAGAUCGUGCUGCAGCUUUACAGAGUUUACCCUCAGAUUUUAACAGAAAAAGAAGCACAAAAAUUCAGGUGUCUGGACACUCCACUUCAUAUACGGCUGUCACAACUGUUACAGUAUCUGCAGAAGAAGGGAGACACAGCCUGCCAUGAAUUCUACAGGGCACUACAGAUCAAUGCAGAACACAUUUAUACAAGCUUACCAAGUAGAAGGCGCAGGGACACGUCACCUACCUCAGGAUUUAACACAGAAACCACUGCCACAGAGAAUUAUAUUCUAAAUGACAGGGGCCCAGUGUUUUUCCUUGCUUGUUUUAGUGCUGCGGCUGGAUUAGCAUUUUUACUGUAUUACUGUUCUACAGAUGCCAAAACUAUGGAUGACGCUAAGAAGGUGAUUGGAUUUUCAGCACUUGGUGUAGGAAUGCGAGCUAAAACGGUUUUGAUAUCAUAUGUGGAAGAAAAAGCCAAGAAGAACUGAAGAGCACACUGCACCUUAAUUUACUUACUUGAAUAUGCUGUAUGACACCUCAUCAAAUAGUUACUGGAGAUCUGCACAAGCCAUCAUAUACAGUAUAAGGCACUGAAACCAAAGAGUUUGGUAACCUGCAUAACUAUUCAUAAAUAGGCAAAUGUUUGUAUAUACUGUGCACUUUAGACUGUGUUGAAUCACCUUUGGUAUAGGUGGUGGUAUUUUUCCAUUUUGAGACGACAUUUUUUUGUAUAAUUGUAAAUGAAUAUGAUUUAGUUUUUAUAAUUUCUUUGUAACUGGACAACAGGUACCCAGGUAACAGAUUUUAGCUUGAACUGUUACACAUGAGAGUAGAUAUGGGCACCUUCCUCUUUCAGUGGUUAUACACAUUUUCAUUGCUUCCCCACUUUUGCAACCUUUCACUUCGUGUUCUGUGACAGGACAGUGAUAUCAAAUUAACUAUUAGAUGUUCUUAUCUGAGAAAAAGGUGGACUAACAUAACCUAGCAGAUAAUGAUACAUCAAGAAAAGAGAAUGCACAUUGCAAGGGAAAUAUUUCUACUUAAUUGUAAUUAUGGAAAUGACAGCUUUAAAACAGCAGAUUAUUAAGUUGUAUAUAUCUACACACAUACACACACACAUACAUAUAUGGAACAAUUUUGUGCUGAUUUGUUUUGCCUGCUUCUGUGUAAAUAGUGAAUUAUGUGUUUAUUUGCUGAUUUUGUAUGGAUGGUUAAAUCUAAAGGUUCUGGGA